CACUCUCCUUCAGUCGAAGCCAAAUAAAAGCGCAAGGUACAAUGUGCUAACGAAGAAAUUAUUGACUAGCAAAUUGAUUUUUUCGCCCUCCUUUUCCUUACUGACGCUCUAUAAAGUAUCUGGAGAACUAAAUAAAAAGAACAUGCCUGGAUUUAUAUUUCCUGUCCUUUCGAAGCUUACGGAUUGAAAACAAUAAUGCAGAAAAGCCAAGGUGUGACAAUUUUGCUUCACCUUUAAUUUCAGUGUGUGUUGGACAGGUAAAUACUUCCCUAGGCACAUGUAAAUUGUUGUAGAUGAUUGAAUGUAAGGAAUUAUUAAUAGGUCAUACAUAAGAUGUUAUCUCCUGCCUUCCUGUUUCUGCUAACGAGUGAAGCAGGUUAUAGCAGUCUGACCACAUGGUAGCAGAAGACAACUUCAACCCCGUGGCAAUGGCCUCUUGUACCGACGGGUUCCACUUCACCGUGCAGCACAUUCACAUGCGACCCCAGAUGUUCCUGGGCGAGUCCUCCACGCUGGACGAGGUAUUUCUGUCAGGUCGACCCCAGGGUCACCACCACAAGGGGGUGGUGGACUCCGCCGUCUCCCCGGAUGUGGAGCUCCUCAUAGAGAAGGACAAGGAAAGUGAUUUGGACUCUUCGGAAGAAGGAGAUAUUUUAGGUCGCUCUGGACCCAGUUGUUACCAACUCUCCAUUUCAUCUGUGAUACUGAUCUCAAUUAUAUGCAUACUAAUCGUGACUUGUAGACAAUACAUCAAAGAUCUCUUACUAUGGUUGGAACAAACAGACCCCUACAUUAGUGUAUUUAUUUUCCUCCUCCUCUUCAUUGUGACCUCGUUUCCCAUGGCCUGGGGGUACAUACUCCUCAUGGUGGCCGCGGGGUAUCUCUACGGUUAUAUCUAUGGACCUAUAGUGGUACUGAUAUGUGGGACCGUGGGUAUUAUUGUAGCGCAUUUAGUGAUGAAAAACUGCUGCCAAAACUUCAUCAAAAAGAGGUUCCACAACAGUAAGAUGGACGCUGUGAUCAAAGUGGUGCAGAGUUCUCAAGGAUUCAAGUUAAUAGCAUUAGCCAGACUUACUCCUAUUCCAUUUGGAUUACAGAAUGGACUAUUUUCACUAACAGAUAUACCUCUUAUGUCAUAUUGUGCUGCCUCCACAAUUGGAUUGCUGCCAACCACAGUGCUGAAUUGUUACAUGGGCUCCACCCUCCGAACCAUGAGUGACGUUUUAACCGACCAGUCAAAUCAGGCCACUGGUUAUCUCAUAUUAUCAGUUCAGAUCUUGUUAACUGUUGUGUUACUGUGGUUUGUCAUCAGAAAAGCUCGAUCAGAGUUAAAGAAAACAGUGGAGGGCCAAGAGAACCCCUGUAUAGAGCUGCCAGAAGUCACCAACCACGACGAUCACCAUAGCAACAGAAUAACAAAAAAAGUAUCAAAUGGUGUCAUUCAUACGUGAUGCUUCUUGUAACUUUGAUGUGUUGAACUAUAUUUUUUCACUGCUGUUUUUCCUUUUUAUGGAGGAAUUAAUUCUGUUUGCCAUAGAUUUUUGGUUGUGAGUUUGGUGUUGUAUCUAUAGACAAGGAGAUAAUUGGUGUAUGGUAAGUUUUAUGAGAAGUAAGAAGCACAUAAAAAUGCAAUUCUUGUCAUGCAUGUACAAGUUUAUCUUGGGUCCAGUACCUGAUGUACUCCACAAAUUUAUGCAUCAUAGCUAGGUGACAGACGAUCUUCAAUUAAUGUUAUUAUCUUCAAUUGCUUUAUAUGUUUCUUAAUUAUGUCAAUAUUUUAUUAAAAGUGCUGCUUUUAUGUUUUCAAGUGAUAAAUUUUUUAAAAAUUAUUCAUCAAUAUUUAUUUGUUAUUGUGCUUAAUUCCAUAUCCUAGUUUCCCUUUUAUUUUUUGAU